AUGUCUUUUGGCUUCGCUGCGUCCACUUCCGCUGGAGGCGGCGCGGAGCUUGGUUCUGAGCUGCCUGAUGUCUUUACCGAUGAGAUCGGUUUCAAGGGUAUCUCAGGCGACGCCAACGUUCGAUUCCUCCCGUCCGCCUGGCCGGACGACGCCCUUCCAGCUCCCACCUCUUCCCUUCUAGCCGUCGCGCAUACCAAAGGCCUCAUUGUUGGCGCUGGUCCGGAUGCGCUUGCAAUCAGCACAAAUGAUGCUGUCCGCAAGGCUAUUGAAGCGCCUGCUGGAGAAGAUAUGGAGAAGACCAAGGCCUUCCAGCCUCAUGCCACCAUCCCUCUGCCCGCACGCCCUACCCAUAUCGCGUUCAGCCCGGGCGACCAUUCUUUGAUUCUAGCCACAGAGAAUGGUGCUUCCAUUUCAAUUUUUGACACCUCAAGUCUCACCCAGGGCAAUGCGCAACCCGCGUUGCAGAUCCCUACGAAUGGUGUAUCGCUUCGCGCUCUCGUGCCGAACCCCGAUCCCAAUUCCACGCUUGUCGCGUUGGUCACCGUUAAUGGUGAUCUACUCAUUGGUGAUGUCCAAGCUGGAACUACAAUGCAGGGUGCCAAUGGUCCGGUAUUGAAGACUGGUGUGAGCUGUGUUUCAUGGAGCAACAAAGGCAAGCAGCUUGUGGCUGGAUUGGCCGAUGGCACUGGAUACCAGAUGACCCCAGAUGGCACGAUGAAAGAUGAAAUUCCUCGGCCCUCUGAUCUUGAAGGCGAAUGCCAUGUUUCAUCCGUCGCAUGGCUGGAAAAUGACGUCUUUUUCAUGGUAUACACACCCAAUACCAUAGAAGAUGAGAUGGGAAUGAACCCAGCAUCAUCUUACUACAUCAUUACUCGACGCAAGCAAGCGCCAUUCUUGAUCCAGAAGUUGCCGGAGAUUUGCUCGACUAUGGGCUUCACCUUAAAGCGUUCGCCUGCAUACCAAUUCAUUACUAGGAUUAGAGACUACAAGCCUCACUUGAAGGACGUCCUAAUUGUUUCUUCGACUGUGUCCACUGAUGUUGGGCUGAUCACUCGAUCAGAUCAGCCUCUAGCGAAUGACGAGAGAACAAAGUUCCAUGUCGGACAGUUCAUGACCACUGAGGUUUCGGAUGAUACAAAGCGUGCCAGUGUUCCUUUGAAAGAUUCCGUCGAUGAGACCUCAGUCAUUGGUCUGGCACCAAACCUCUCCGCCACAGAACCUGUAUCGGACCCGCUCCCAGGCUCAGACAUCUCGGAGAGCUCAGGCCCUCUUCCUGGACUGUUCCUCCUUAAUAACGAUGGAAUUCUCUCGUCAUGGUGGCUUCUAUAUUCAGAAGCCAUUCGUCAGAACACACCGUACUCUGGACUGGUCUCUGCUGGCCAGGUACCACAGGCACAAGCACAGGCUCAGCCUGCAACGACCGCAGCAGCCCCAGCAGGCGCAGCCCAAUCCUUCUUUGCACCGGCAGCCUCUGCCCAGCCUUCUUUCGGCUCAAGCGGUUUCGGGCAGCCAUCUGGCGGCCCUUCUGCUUUUGGUAGUCCGUCGCCCCUAGGUGCAUCGACAAUGGGUGCGACUGCCUUUGGCAAGACGUCCUUUGGCAGUGGAACCCCAGCGCCAGCAUUCGGAGCAACCUCAUCCCUUGCCCCAACCACCCCAUCCCAGUCCGGUGUUCAGUUUGGACAGUCCGGCUUUGGACAGUCGGGCUUUGGAAAACCCAGUCUUAGCCAACCCAGCCCACCUAAAAAUCCAUUUGGUGCUAGUGGUGCCUCUACUGGGGGAGGUUUCGGUCAGUUUGCAAGUGGAGGUGGCUUUAGUAGCUUUGCUUCAGCCAAAACAGAGUCGCCGUUUUCUAAGCCUGUCUCUGGAGACACUGCUCUUGCUACGGCUAAGUCAAACGAGUCGCCGUUAUCUAAGCCUCCUGCCUCGGUUAAUCCUUUUGGUGCGGCCAAGCCAGACGACUCACCAUUUGGUAAGCCUGGACAGAGUGCUUUUGGUGCGAGCAAGCCAACUGAGUCACCAUUUGCUAAGCCUGCAUCGAGUGCUUUUGGAUCGAGUGCUUUCGGUGCGAGCAAGCCAACUGAAUCACCCUUUGCUAAGCCUGGGUCCAGUGCUUUCGGCGCGAGCAAGCCAGCCGAGUCACCGUUUGGUAAGACUGCGUUCGGAGAGAGUUCUUUCUCCAAGGGAUCUGUGUCAGCGUUUGACAAGCCCAAGUCUGAAACACCUUCUGCGAAUGGAGGGAAUCCUUUCGGGGCCGAGUCAGGUGGAUUCCAGCUGAAAUCCAAUUUCAAGGGUGAUGGCUCGGCUGCCAAUGAUCUUCCAAAGUCAGACAAGCCUUCUUCUGGGGCAUUCUCAUUUGGUGAAUCCUUGGAUGACAUGGUGUCGACACCUAAAGAGGAGAACUCCGAUAGUGAGGAUAUGGACGAUGACUCGGACGAGGCUCCGCCUACAAGCAACGAGCCAUUCUCUAUUUUCGGUGGACCCAAACUCACUGGGGCACCUCCUACUUCGCUGUUCGGUUCUAAGAAAGAUUCUUCUUCUAAGAUCACCACUUCAACAGAAACCCAGAAGACCUCUUCUUUCUCAUUUGGCAGCCCCGCCUCCCAGAACCAGAUAAGACCGAGACACCAAAGAAAGAUCAGCCAGAGGCUCCAUUGCCCCCCUGAUCCUACUAGCCGGGACAGUUACGCCCCGGGAGACACCUCGGCUUCCUCCAAUGUGUCAAAGAGCUCGGUAGAGGACGCCCCUCUUCCUCCAGACCCUUUCAAGAAAAAUGCAUCUCCCAAAGAAUCCACUGAUGCACCACUGCCUCCUGACCCAAUGCCCAAAAAGAAGUCUGUACCCCAAGAGGAUGAUGCUCCUCUGCCCCCCGACUUUAUGAGCAAGCCUCAGAAGUCUUCUGCCCCUGUUAUUCCUGAAGAUGCGCCGUUGCCACCGGCCUUUGGUCAUUCAAAGCCCAAGACUGAAUCUGCCGAAGAGGCGGUGCCAGUGCCUGAUGCAGACUCCGAUGCAGAUGAGUCCGAUUUCAGUGACAGCGGCGAGGAGAUUACCCACGAGGAGACAAAGGCACCGAGUCCUAAGCCUUCUGUGGAAAGCUCGUUCGGUGCUCCGUCUGAAAAAAGCUUUACCGGAGGACUCUUCAGUGGGGCCACCAAAUCCGCACAGGGCAAGGAAUCGUUACCAAGACAGCUCUUUGGUGAAAUUCCCAAGCAGCCUCUUCUCCCCCCUCCCGGGCUCGCUGCUCAGGGUAAUCGCGAACCUCACCGGUCGCCUAGCCCAACUCGGGGCGGCCCUCGCAAGGAAGUGAUGUUCUCAGAGAGACCACAAACUCGCAAGGCACCGACCAGUGCGCUACACUCUCGGAAGACUUCUCUUACACAGCUUGCGGAGCGUGAGGGACACUUGAGGAAGGCCAGUGACAUUGCUCGUGAAGAGCAAGAACGAGCCCACGCUGCUGCGCAGCGCCAGGCACUGGAAGAGGAAGAACUUGCUCUAUCUGACGACGAUGAGGAUGAGCGACUCCGCAAUGAACUUGCUCAACCCAUCGAACCUACUGAUACCCUUGAUCCAUUCCUACCUCACCAAAACUACAUGGGCGAGACUGCAAAGCCAGGUAUUCCUGGACAGAUUGAGCUACUCUACCGCGACUCGAAUGCGAUGGUUGAUACCGCUGGUAUCAAUGCCCGGUCAGUGAAGGCCUAUCUUGCCUAUCACCAGCCCGCGCAGGAGUCCGAUGAUUCUAAGUGGGAUUCCAUUCUUCAAAGUGAACACCCUAAUGACAUCCUUGAUGUCAAGUUGUUCUUCAAGGACAUCGAAAAGUUCCACAAGAUGGUUGCUACCAUCUCUCGCUCGCUAGAAUCCCAGCGUGUGCAAGGGGUAGAGGAGAAGCUACAGGAAUGCCGCGACUUGCUCACCAAGCAAGUCAUCACCUUGCGAAGCCAGUUCGCUGGAAUUCGCAAGACAUUGGAUGCCCACACCGAUUUUGGCGCCAUCCUUGAAGCGCCACUUUCCGCCGAGCAAUCUACACUGCAACUUGACCUCAGAACUGCAUUCACGGAUAUCCAGGCCAAGCUGGCUGAUAUCGAGCAGGCUGUCUCUCUUCUACGUGCUCAGAUUGCCGAUGUUCCCCGGGCCAAUGGAGCCAGUGGUAAUCGCCCCACGGUGGAGGCUGUUAUCAAGACCCUCAACACCAUGAUGGCCAUGACGGAGAGCAAGCGAACCGAUGUAGAUGUCAUUGAAUCGCAGAUGCGCCGACUUGGUGUUGAACCUACCAACGGUGCAUCCCCUAGCCGGGAAGGAUCACCCUUUACCACACCCCGAAAGACGGCCGGCCGUGCACCUAUGACACCCGGCUCACGUGGUUCUUUCGAUGGGAGUGCCUACCACACUCCAGAGUCCGCAACCCGCGGUCUCAAUUUCCGAGCCAGCGUGAUGGGCUCAGCAAAGCAGAGCCGCCUUCGUAGCGUGGAAGGAGCAGGUCAACAGGACGCGGCGGGACAAGAAGAAGCCACCCGCUGGAAGACCAAGUCAGCUCGUCGGCAGCAUUUGGUGCAGAACCUCAAAAACGCCAUCGAAGGGAAGAAGAUCAAGGUGCGGAGCGUUGACGAUUGCUGA